AUGAAAACCGUCUUUGCGCUCGCCCUCUUGCAGGUCCUUGCCGUCCAGGGCAUCCGCAUCGUCCAGGGCAACGACGAUGGCUGGGCCGAGCUCUACACGCGCUCGCUGGAGGACGCCCUGCGCGCCUCUGGUCACGACGUGGUCCUGUCGUGCCCGGCAGAGAACAAGUCCGCCAGAUAUAAAAUGCUGACCUACUUUCCCUCCUCCUCUCCAGCCUCCCUUGACGAGCCGCCCGCCGAUCGCAGAGAGCCCUGCCAGUACGACUCGUGCCCGCCCAACUCGGGCCCGGCCGGCCACAACGCCACCCGUCUGGACCUCAACUGGGUCAAUUCGUACCCCGUCACGGCCAUCAAAUACGGCAUCGACACCUUUGGCCCGCAGCUCUGGGACGGCGCCGCGCCCGAGCUCGCCGUCGCGGGCCCCAACGUCGGCGGCAACAUUUGGCUCGCCGUGCCCUUUUCCGGCACCGUCGGCGCCGCCUCGUACGCCGCCCACAAUGCGCGCAUCCCCGCCAUUGCCUUUUCCGGUGCCGACCACGGCCGGCUGCGCUGGGACACGAAUCCCGUGCCCAAGGUCAGCGAGGUCUACGCCCAGCUCGCGACCAACUUUACAAACGCCAUUGUCGCGUCGGGGAAGCCGUACCUGCCAGACGACGUCUUUCUCAAUGUCAAUUUCCCCGAUGUAGACGACAGCUGCCCGGACGCUGCCUCGUUCAAGUGGGUGCUGAGCCGCAUCAACCCGGGCUUUCUCUCGCCCAAGGACGUCGAGUGGUGCGGCGGCGACCGACUGCCUACCGAACACCACGUCCAUGACCAAAGUGGCUGUUACAUUUCCGUCAGCAUUGGUGACGCCAGCGACAAGACGACGGUCAACGACCUUGCCAAGCAGCAGGCUGUGCUAAACAAACUCAAGAGCAUGCUUACCUGCCUGCCUUGA